AUGGCGUCGUUAUACGAGGAGACACGCAAGCUCAUCUACAAGGAAAUCUUUGAGAAACUGGAGAGAAAAGACGACGGCAGAUACAGAUUUGCGCCUCGUGGCACCGUCAAGACCUUGUUUCAGCGCGACAACCACUCACUUCUGCGACAGCUGUUUCGCAGCCUUGUGUCGACUGGCCAGAUAGUGUCAAAUGGUGUGGUCUUGGUCGAAGAUGGUUUCGUAACUCGCGUAGAGGCAAGAAAGCUUUCCAACUUCUGGGGGACCUUGGUCUUUGCGUCGUGCAGCAUCGACGCGGCUGUCGCUGCUCUGCGCCGGCUGGUCGCGGUGGACGCAUGGCCCGUUUUCGACGUUGAGGAGAAAAAACUGGGACCUCUUCCGCUGAGUCGCGCUCAAUUGAAUGAUCUAUUCGGAGAUCAUGUCGAGGCAGACAGAUUCUUCAGCAACCAGGCGUGCUUUUGCGCAGUCGUGCUGCGCAACCGCGAGGAGGUCAUCGUCCAGGAUGCGAGCUGUCAGCGAUUGCCAUAUCUCGAAGAAGACUGUCUGGGAGAAGGCUCGUUCGGCAAGGUAUACCGUGUCAAAGUCGCAAAAAAUCACUUCUUCGACGCCUACGCGGAAGCGGCCAAGGCCUACAAUGGCAAGCCCCAGUACAUGGCGCGCAAGGACUACAUUAUUGCCGACGUGAACCGCGCGCGCGAGGAAUACACGAUUAUGAAGAAGAUUCUCAGCGCCAAUUUCCAAAAACGCGAGCACAAUAUUGUGCAGAGCUGGGGCUGCCUGCAGAUCGAGUCGAGCUACAGCCUGUUUAUGCCGGUCGCCAUUUGCGACCUGCAUACUUAUAUGAUGGUGCAGCACCGAAACGCCCCCCAAGAGCUCAAAAACAAGGCAGACAUAAUAUACUCUGCCGCUGGUCUGGCGAGUGGCCUCCAAUAUCUACAUGGCGGUAUGCAGACGGAGGAGCUGGAAGAGCUCGUCUGCUACCACAUGGAUCUGAACCCCAGUAACGUGCUCAUCUUUUACGAAAACAACCGCAAUGUCUGGAAGCUGAGCGACUUCGGCAUGGCACGCGUCAAAACCCGAUCCGGUCAGCUCAGCAGCUACCGGGAAAACGACUUCAACAGCCUGUUCGUCCGCCGCAAGAAGCUGCAAGACCCGUCGCUGCCGUCGACCCUCAAUCGUCGCGGCGAGGGCACCUGGCUGCCUCCGGAGUCGAUCGCUGCCGUGCCCAUCAUGAAGACUGGCGCUGACGUCUGGGCUCUCGGGUGCGUUUUGAGUGUUGUUUUCGCCUACCUCGGCGGCGGUGCGAGCGGCGUCGACGACUACGCGGACGCACGGCAGAACCACCACAGAGCGGAUGGCUCCGACCGAUUUUUUCUGCGUGCGGCGCAUUUCAAGUCGUCCAAGGUUCAUCCCGAGAUCAAGUCUCGACACGAGAAGCUCAUCUCGGAAGCUGCGCAUCGGCACAUUGAAGAACGAAGGGCAUGCUCUCAUAUGCUGACUUUUUUGCAAGAGUCGGUGCUCAAGGUUGACCAAGGUCAGCGAUGUGGCGCAGCUGCUGUCAAGCUGGAGCUGGAGAGGACAUACAGAAUGCUUCAAGCUGCGAUAACUGACCGGCGUCCGUCUGUUAUACAGGCAGUGUCGGAAAACUUUCUGCAGCAGCAAAAACAGAGACUAAUGCCCACAAAAAACAAGUCCCCAUUUUCUGUUAAAAUUGCCAGCCAGCGCUUCUCAUCAUCAGAAGAUUUCAAGGGGCUGGUCAUAUCGCCCAACGCAAACUCCCUGGCGUACUGCACCAAUGGAAAGAUUGUUCUCUACACAUCAGAGUCGCUCUCAGUCACGGAGGGACACGCCAGCACCCCCCCUAGCGAGUGGAACCUGACCGACACGGAAUGCUUUCUGCAGAGUCUAUGCUUGACCAAGAGAUAUCUCGUCGCCUCAACAAUGGGCAAAAAUUCCCUUUACAUUUUUGACUUGGAAGGCGGCAGACAGGUUGAUCUAAACCUGACCAGCAUGUAUCGUAUAUCUCUCGACGUUCCAACAAUAACAAAUAUUGCAAUCUCGCCAAACAGUAAAACACUGGUGUUCGUCAUGAAGAACGAGACCAACAUGCGUGGGCCGGGCACGCUCGUAUAUGCUAGCCUGCCUGGCAUGAUUGCCUUUAUACGUCAAGAGCUGAGCUAUAUUUCUGAAAGCAGCGACUCUCAUUCGCACGACGCUGUGCGAAUUUCACGUUCUCAUGGAUUGUUGCGCAACGCCAUCGAGCUCGACUGGCCGGCCGCGGACAUAGAGCAUCUUUCCGUGUCGGACACGGAAGACGCAUAUGUUGUUGUUCGCCCUAGACUGACAGCAAGAACUCGAGAGCACAAAAUACCCGUCGCUCAUAUUUGGAUGGACAACUCGUCGGUGCCACCUUGCCCUACAGUGGACACACUGAAUAUCGUGUCUCUGGGCUUUGACGGGAGCUCUACAGCAGGGUUCUUUACGACAUUUUGUGUCGUCAAAGAUAGAAGUUCAUGCGCACUGGUCACUCGUGCGAGACAUACCACAUUACCGAAUCGCGAAGCUUUUCAACAGCAGUCCCACGGCCUCUCGCCGGCUUUGAUGGUCCGAGAGCUUGUCAAGAUCCCAGGCCUCGUCUUGGGCGAUGACGUGGUUGCCGUGGCUGUCGACUCAAGUGACAAGACUCUUAUUAUUGUAGCGUCGCUGACCGGGGCAAGCCGCCGUGUCAUCCACAAAAUAUCCGUGCCGAAGCACGGGCAGUCGUGA